AUGAAGCUCUCCACCCUCAUCCUCGCCCCCCUUUCCCUGGCUUCUGCCUGGAAACUCGAGCUCUUUGCUUCCGACGGCCGCAAGAUGACCGCCUCUGGCCGUGAUCCCAACUCGGGCUGCAAGAAUAUUGCUUUUACCCCUGUCCUGAACGUCAACAGGGCAAGGUUCAACAAGGAUACUUCGUUGCUCCCUGAUCCCAACACCUUUGAGCUGUUUGUCAACAAGAACUGCGAUGGGUUGAGCUAUCGCAAUGGGAAUGGAGACCACCGGUUGACUCCGGCGAGGAAGAUUAGGAGCUAUCGUGUUAAGAGGUAG